GAGCCAUGAAUUACAGCUCUGAUGAAGUCAAUGGUCCAGCAGUUGCUGCUAUACUCAUUAUUGAGAUGGCUUUGGGUCUGGUUGCUAAUUCCAUUGUUCUUGUGAUAACAUUCACUCAGAGACAGUCCUGGAAACAACCAUCAACAAUAUUCUUUACUUCCCUCAUUCUGGCUCACCUUGUGCUGCUCUUGCUCUAUCUUCCCUUCUUUAUCGUAUCCUCAAUAGCUGGUGAGUGGGUCUUUGGCAAGACUUUGCAAGAGAAAAGAGACUCCUGCUCAGUUGCUGCUUACAUCAUCUGGUACAGUGCACUGGUCAUAACAUUGACUCUCUCUGUCAUAUCAUUCGAUCGAUUCCUUUUUAUUGUCAAACCCAACCAGUACAAGGCAUUCAUGAAACAAAGGGUAGCAUUGUGUCUCACUAUCACUAUCUGGCUCUUAGCUGCACUGCUCAACAGCACACCAUUGUAUGGACUCGGUGAAUUUGGGUACAGAUCAUAUGGGACUUGUGUACCACUAUGGGAAGAUAACAGAGGCUAUGUUUUCUACAUGUUGAUAGUGUUUGCAUUGGCUGUAUCUGUUAUUAUCAUUACAUCAGUCUGGACCAUGUGCUUCACCCGUAACUUUCUAAGCCAUCAGUCAGAGAUUGCUGGCAAUAGUGUCUAUACCUCAAAAAAGAAAAGGCUCUUUGGGAUAUUUGGCACAAUGCUGAUAGUCUACGUGAUAUGUUUAUCUCCGGGCUUCAUUGUUGGAUUUUUGAGUCAAUUUGUAGAUAUGCCAGAAGAAUUCUAUCUCACAAUGAUAUUUUGUUUUGUAGCCAUUACCUUUGUCAAUCCACUCGUUCAGUCAUACUUUAGGGUUGAUACUGUGAUGUGCAUUAAAUGCAUUCAUAAGAAGAUAGAGAGGAACAAAUCAAGCACAUGCUACAUAAAUGAUGACACUGUAUCUACCAGAUUCAAGAGCAAAUCAGAGCCAUAGAUCACUUU